AUGACCUCUUCGUCUGGAAUCGAAGUGACACUGAACAAUGCCGAUCUUUGGAAGAAGUUCAGCAGUCCAAUGGAAAUGAUUCUGACUCGGAAGAUCGGAAGAAAAAUGUUUCCGAUUCUGGAAUAUUCUGUUGAUGGAUUGAAUCCAACUGCAAUGUAUGAGGUCUACUUGCACAUGGAGAGAAUGGAUGAUCAUAAGCGAGUUCGGCCAUCGUUGGAGUAUCGUUUCAUCAACAAUGAAUGGGACGAUUAUGCCAGAGGAGACCCGAUCACUCCGAUUCAAAAAAUUAAACAUAAAAGUGGAGGACAAACUGGAAUGCUUUGGAUGGACGGACCAAUUUCAUUUGAGCAAAUCCGAUUGACAAAUAAUCCAGAUUUGGACAAAAAAGAUUAUAUUUGCCUCCAAAGUAUGCACAAAUGGCGUCCAGUUGUCACUAUUCGAAAAUUGAAAAACGGAGACGAAAAUUCGGAUGACGAUGAGGAGUUCAGAAUGGAGGAUGUGUGGUUCAUGGCUGUUACUUCGUAUCAGAAUCCAGCCAUCAAGUGCCUGAAUAUAGAGAACAAUAAUCGUGCAUCUGGUUUUCGUGAAACUGGGAAUCACAAGACCAAUCUUCCAACUCGUGGCAUCAAACGUACUGCUUCUGAAACCUUCCCAACUCCUCUCUCAAGUACAUCACCACCUUCGAAAAAGAAUUCAAAUGGACAUUCUCCAAUUGCUCAUCACUUUCCAAAUCCAGGAAAUUGUGAUUUUUCAAUGAUGGGAACUGUCAAUCAAUGUUGGAUGAAUCCAUAUCAAAAUGUGUGGAAUUAUGGAUACAAAAUGGGACAACAAAUGGUUCAGCCAGCCAUGAAUCCAUGGAAUAUGCUGAAUUUGGGACGUCCAAAGAAUAUAAUUCAGGAGCAACAAGGAAAGCCAAUUAAUACAAUUGUUCCAGAAUUUUAUGGCUUGAAUAAUUUGGAAUUGCAUUUUUUCAAAAAUUACAACGCAUCCGAGUAA